AACCUCCAUUGUUAUAGGCUACAAAGGUUUCUCAUUUCCUCUCGACCAAAGCGACGUCGGGGUGCAUCUCACCAACAUCAUGAAGUUCGAGAAGGAAACGAGGCACCUUUUUCAGGCGGCCGUACAAAGGAGGAGGAGAAUAAGAGCAAAGAUGACCAACUUGAUAGCAAGCGCUCAAAAAGAGGCUGCUGGCGGUGAAACCACAUCGGCUGUGAUGGACAACUUGAUGGGUUUGCUACGGAUCCAUGUCAAACGAGGCGUAAACCUCGCCGUUCGUGACGUCCGGAGCAGCGACCCUUACGUUGUUGUUAAGAUGGGAAACCAGAGACUCAAGACUCGUAUCGUAAAGAAAGAUGUAAAUCCUGAGUGGAAUGAUGAUUUAACUCUGUCUAUAACGGACCCAAAUAUUCCAAUCACACUGACGGUGUACGAUCAUGACACAUUUUCGAAGGACGAUAAAAUGGGGAAUUCAGAAUUUGAGGUGAGAUCAUAUAUAGAAGCCUUGAAAUUGCAUAAUUCCAGUUUGGAAGAAGUCCCAGAUGGAACGGUGCUGUCAAGACUGCCGCCGACCACCACCAAUUGCCUGGCCGAGGAGAGUGCGAUAUACUUGCACGAAGGGAAGGUGGUACAAGACCUUUUACUCAGAUUAAGAGACGUGGAGUGCGGUGAAGUUGAAAUUCAACUGGAGUGGAUUCACUUUCCUGGCUCUAAAACCUUUCUAAGUCAAUGAAACUUCUCUUUCAAAACUCGCACUUUCUGGCCACUUUGCUCCUUCAGAACUC